GUAGCCUACUUGGCUGAAGCUUUGAUCCAGUGGAAGAAGUAUUGAGGAGCAGGGAGGUUAAAGGUCACUUCAGGAUACAGCUGUUACUCUACACUAUCCCUAGAUAAUCCAGUAAUGAGAGAAAAUGUAUAGAAUAUUUAGGGCCCUAUAACAUCUCUAUCUAUAUAUAACAUCUGUAUAAAAUCCGUUUUCUUUUCUUUUUUUAACCUAAUUACAUUUUCUCAGUUUUUCCAGGUUUCUGAUGUCCCUGUUUUUCUGUUUUUCUCUCUAAAUCACACUGUUAAUAGAAAAACAACAACAUUGGAUGUUCUAAGUCCACAACAAUACUUAAACCACAUCAGGAGACCACUUUUGAAGUCUGAGAAAAAUCUAAGAAAUUUUCAUUUUUGUGUGUAGAUACCCUUUAAUUCAAGUGGCACUAGCAAGAGCCUUGCUUGGUUGGUGGUGUCUCUGUAGCACACAUGUGAUUGCAGAGACUGCUCAACAAAUCACAACAGGAUUGAUGCAAAUAAUCAUGAUAUCAUUCUGCCAGGUAGGCAUAGACUACUUUGUAGUUAACAUUUAAUUGACAAGGUUUGUGGGAAAACUUUUCCAUCAACCAGAAGAUGGUUGUCAUUAGCAUCAUCGCUAACAGCUACACAUAGUGGUAGACAAAUGCACUCAGACAGGGGCAUUUCCUGGCUGUUUCCUCUUCAGAAAGUUGAAGGAAAAUACAAAUCACUUAGGCUAAUUUAGACGACUUGCAGGAAGUGGGUUCAGAAUAACUAUGACAUAAAAAUGAAAACUCUUUAAUCUGUCACCUAAUCCUACCUAAUGGGCAGGUCAGCCCUGGAGUAAAGUAUUGGCUGUAAGAAGUAAGAGAAAACAUAACAUCUGUUUAUUCUUAUUUUUAUUACCUCUCAUGACAUUGCUUGCAAGAAUAAACAUUGUAAUUAAUAUUUUUCCAAUCUGCGUUACCCACUCCAGUCAGCAGAUGACGAUUUGAGUCUUUCAGGUGAUGCUGCUUGCGUGACGUAUAAUCUAGUGGACGGAACUGGAGGCUUCUUCAACAGCGACAAAAGGCUUCUGAUUCAAUCAACGUGGUGAUUUGCUAGCGAACCUAAAACCGAAACAUUGAAGCGCUUUAGACCAAUCUUGUGUAUAUUACUCUUAGUGUUUUGAAUAUAAUUCUGUUUACUUGUCUACUAGUUCAUUUAAACGUAAUUUGCUUGUUAAAUUAGCAAAUGUGUUAAAUUGAUACUGCACUAGGCUAAUCGACCGGAGUAUGAGUUCACUAAGCUCGACGGAGAAAGAAGCUCUGAUGAAAGGAGAGGAAGAAGCUUUCAGGAUGAAAAAGGAGGAAGGGGAAGCUAUCACAUUGAAAGAAGAAGAGGAUGAUAUUACAGUGAAAGAGGAAGAUGGGAGAGAGGUUGUCAAAGUGGAAGAGGAGGAGGUAGAAGCUUUCAGAAUCAAAAAGGAGGAAGAUGCCGUAACAUUACAAGAAGAGAAUGUAGUGAAAGAAGAGGAAGAACCUUUUGGAGUAAAAGAGGAAGAGGAGGAUAUCUCAAUUAAAGAGGAGGAAGACGUUUUCGGAGUGAAAUGGGAGGAGGCUCAAGAUCAGAUUACAAACAGAGAGAGACGUGACUAUCGUGGAUCCUCUGGGGAGCCUCAACAACAUCCUGAUGCUGACGAGUCAGAGAAGAAUCUCUCCAGAUCAGAACACCAGAUGGACAACGCUAGCCCUUCCUCUCUCCCGGAGUCCCCAUGUCGUGCCUCUCCCGGUAGCGCCUUACUGCUGGGUAUGAAGAGGUUGUCUGUGCUGCUGGUGGACUGCAGGAAAACAACGGGGCUGAGUGGAACUGUGAGAGGAGGAGAAGAGAAGAAAGGAUCAGAUUUGACACAUCAAAGAGGAAAACCAAACUUGGAGGAACCAAUGACUUCUAAACCAGCAAUACGACACCUCUGCUCCCAGAUUGGAAAGAGUUUUAAAAAGUUAGGAAGCCUGAAAAGACAUGAGAGGACACACACAGUGGAGAAGCCUUUCCAUUGCUCCCAUUGUGGAAAGAGUUUUAGCCACUUAGGAAAUCUGAAAGCUCAUGAGCGAACACACACAGGGGAGAGGCCUUUCCAUUGCUCCCAGUGUGGAAAGAGUUUUAGCCAUUCAGGAAGCCUAAAAGUUCAUGAGCGAAUACAUACAGGGGAUAAGUCAUACCAUUGCGCCCAGUGUGGUAAGAGUUUUAGCCAGUCAGGAAGCCUGAAGGAACAUAUGAGACUGCACACAGGGGAGAAGCCUUACUACUGCUCCCAUUGUGGAAAGAGUUUUACCCAUUUAGGUAGCAUGAAAGGACAUGAGAGGAUACACACAGGAGCGAAGCCACACCCUUGCUCCCGGUGUGGAAUGAGUUUUAAGCGGUUAGACGCCCUCAAAGCUCAUGAGCGAAUACACACAGGGCAGACACCAUACCAUUGUGCUCAGUGUGGAAAGAGUUUUAGCCAUUCAGGAAACCUGAAAGCCCAUGAGAAAAUUACACACAUUUGAGAAGCCAUACCAUUGCGCCCAGUGUGGAAAGAGUGUUAGCCUUUUAGAAAGCUUGAGAGUUCAUGAGCGAACACACACCGGGGAGAAGCCUUACCACUGCUCCCAGAGUUCAUAGCGUUUUACCUAUUUAGGAGGCCUGAAAGAACAAAUGAGACAGGGGAGAAUCCUUACAAAUGUUCAGACUGGGAAGACAUAUUACUCAUCACAGUCACUUACAAAACAUAUGAGAAUCUACACAGGAGAGAAUAAUUACUUAUCCUAGUGUGUAAACUUGUAAUUCACAUCACAUACACUUAAAAUUCUUCAGAGGGCAUACACACUGCUCCAAUUGUCUUAUGUUGUUGACUGAGAAUGUGUUUACUUGUUUUUACUAUAAGAAAUUCAAUUGUACACAGUCUACUCAAACAUAUAUUUGUAUGUUUUUAUUAGAAAACAAAUUGUAUAUGGAGUAUGUCAGUUUGAAUAUAGAGUAGAUCAGAUUCCAUGUGUUUAAAUGGUCCUUUUUUAAACUCUGUGUGUGUGUUUAUCUGGGUGUCUUUCCUCCAGCACUACAGAUAGUCAAGUGAUAUUUGGAUGUGAUGCAUUUGUUCCGUUGUUUACAUUUGCAAUGUUGGCCCACUGAUGAUUUAAUGAAAUGAAAAUGUUCACAGACUCUGUAAUGCAAAAUGUUAAUUGUAUGUGUCCACAUAUCUGAGUAUGUGACUUGUGGUGGAUGAAUCAGAAUUAGUUGGGUAACAUAGAUAAUUAAGAUGUCUUAUCUGCAUAAUAUGCUGAUGUGAUAUACUUGUUAUUAGAAUGUAUCCCUUCGGACUCUGGUGUUGGCAGUUGCACUUCUUCCCUCAGCUGGGGCUCAGUCACCUGGGGCCCAGAGAGGGGAGAGGUCAGGCUUGUCUUUCACAUGUCCCUGGUGCUAUGCAGAAUAUCAGGAAGGGAAGAGGACAGGAGGGAUCAUUGUCUUCAUAUGUGAAUGUAUCUGUUAAACUAUGUGAAGGGAUGGUGUGAUUAAUGGGGAACCACUUACUGGUUUCCACAAUGUCUGUGCGCAAGUCACUCCCUCCUUUGGCAUUGGGGGGAGGUGUAUGGCAGUGUCUGGAACCAUUGUAUGGCCUCUCCGAUGUUGCACUUAUCCUGGGAUAGUGUAUAACCUAGAGGCUCACUCCCCUCAGUGAGCUUGUCCAGGAGUGGGGUCAAGAAGGGGUUUUACUUGAGAUGGGAGUAUCUAGAGUUGACAAUUGAGUUAUGCCAUUGGAUGAGUUGGUGUUUUUGUGCAAUGAAGUACCAGGAACGAGAUUAGAACCUCGUCUUAGGGACCAAACUGAAUGAUGAAUUAUAGCGAAUGCUAUCUGGCUACGGGAUACUCCUUUCUCAUUAUAAAGUCUCACUUUGUAAACUGUUCCUAAUAUCUGUGGUUUAUGUCGACUAGGGGGUGGAUCUUUGCUAUAAAAGAUCUCAGUAGCCAUUGUGUUGCCACUCUCAACGGUUCAUUAGAAAUAGUGAGUUGUUGAAAGUCAUUGCAAAGAUCUUAUUAUUAAAGAUGUAGUUUAAGUAUAACUGACUGGUGUGUGAACUUUGUCUCUCCUCAUUUGGUAAUACAGCAAUUAACCACCACAGACUAACCUUGUGAAACUGACCUAUUAUAAUCUCCUGUUCCUGGGAGUAUCAUCCUGCGUUGCAAACCAGCUGCACCUGCGUCCUUGUAUGAAUAAUAUCCCUCCCAGGAACAGGAAACUAUUAAGAUAUGUGCCCAUCACCCAAUGCUUCAGGAAUUCAGACUGUCUACACUGCGCUGUGUAACUGUUAUUCUCUCUGAGCUCAGAAAUAAAGAAUCUUGGUUUGA